CGACGCUUCAUCUCGACUCUCCCCUUCCUCACUCACCUCCAUCUCACCUUCGCUUCUUCGCAGACAACACCCUCCACUCCGGUCUCGACCGUAUUCACUCGUUAUCACCCACGCAAGAACAAAGGAUACCCGUCUUCCCGACCGCCUCACCGUCAAGAUGCACUUCGCUGUCGCUGCUUUGGGCCUCGCCGCCGCCGUCGUCUCGGCCUCUGAGGCGCCUCCGUCGUAUGGACCACCACCACCACCAUCAUACGGCCCACCUGUCGCUCCAAUGCACCCUCCCACUUACGGUCCCCCCAUGAACGCCUCCACCUCCAUGCCUCCCGUCAUGACCACCCAGGUGGUGACCAGCUACGCCACGUACUGCCCAGAGCCAACUGCCAUCACUCACAACGGUGUGACCUACACUGUGACCGAGGCCACCACGCUCACCAUCACCAACUGCCCAUGCACCCUGACCAUGCCAGUGUACUCGUCAGUAGUCACCGAAUGUUCCACAUGCUCGACUCCUACUCCAAUGCCACCACCAAUGCCAACGGAGACUCCGACCACCCCAGUCAUGCCACCACCAGUUCCUUACUACCCAUCUGCCAACACGUCGAUGCCGGCACCACCUCCAACCGGAACCGGUGCCUACACUCCUCCGGCUGGCACCAGCCCUAUCUCUCCUCCGGGAUACACUGGUGCUGCCAACAAGGCAUCCUUCGGUGUUGCCGGUGUCUUGGCUGCUGCUGGUUUCAUCGCUGCUCUCUAAGCGAUCACUCCCGAGCUGGCGAGACCGGAGUGGUCGUAUAGCGAGCAUGUUCGUAAUGUGCAAACGGCAGGUACAUGCAGAGCCGUGCAUCAUUUCGGUAGCCAGGCUUCUCUGAGGCUCUCGCGACGAACCGCACGAAAAGGGGCAAGCAUUUUUUGGACUACCAGUUGCUAUCAACAUGACGCACCUUUGUCAUCUAAUCAUGAUCGGCCGAUUACAGCGGUAAUGCUGGGUGUUGUUAUCGACUUGUGAUUGGGGCGUUUGUCUGGAAUUGCAUAUAGCUGCUUACACAUAUCAUUCACACGUGGACUUUUGAUGCUACGACACCAUAUUUGUAUCUAAUGACCCAACACUAGAAGACGAUUUUGAACCCAC